AUGUCCCUACAAUCUAUCGAAACAAAAAAUCUUUUAGAUAUUAUCGAUAAGCUUCGAUCACAUGGGAUCAAUCGAUACAUCGACCUCCCCGAGAUCGUCGUAUGUGGCGAGCAAUCUUCUGGCAAAAGCUCGGUCCUCGAAGCAGUUUCGGGUGUGAGGUUCCCAAGCAAAGACAAUCUAUGUACGAGAUUUGCAACCGAGUUGAUACUCCGAAGAGGCCCAGAUGCUCCCAUCAAGAUUGGCAUCGUUCCCGGUUCUCAGGAGAAGGACCGCUCAGAGGAUGAUCUGGAAAAGUUGCGGAACUUCCAUGUCUCGGUCUCAGCAGAGGACUUACAGCUUGAGGAAGUUAUUGAAUCCGCAAAAGGUGCGAUGGGAAUCAACGAGAGCAGCAGAGUCUUCAGCUCUGAUAUCCUUCGUCUGGAGUUGUCAGGCCCCGAUCAACCGCACCUUACCCUCGUCGAUUUACCGGGCUUGUUUCAAGCCGGAAGUCGCUCCCAAUCGGACGCAGAUAGCGAGACCGUCAAGUCCCUUGUACUGUCGUAUAUGAAGAACCCACGCAGCAUCAUACUUGCUGUCAUAUCGGCUAAGAACGACUUCAACAACAAGUCAAUCACAAAGCAUUCACGCCAAAUCGAUCCAAGGGGGGAGCGCACACUGGGACUGAUCACGAAGCCAGACACGCUGGAUGAAGGAUCUGAUAGUGAGCGUUUUUACUUGGAAUUGGCACAGAACAAAGAUGUUAAGUUCCGACUGGGUUGGCAUGUACUUCGUAACAGAGAUUAUACCUCCAGGAAUGCAUCUAUGGAGGAGCGCGACAAAGUCGAAGCCGUGUUCUUCAAUACUGGAAUAUGGAGAUCGCUGUCGGCUAGCCAGGUUGGAGUCCAUACCUUAAAGCCAAGGCUCAGCAAGAUCCUCAAAGACCACAUAGUAGCGCAGCUGCCUGACGUGCUAACCCAGAUCAAAAACGGAAUUCGAGAAUGCACAGAGAGACUGGACACACUAGGCGCAUCUAGGGCUACCGCGCAAGAACAGCGACGGUAUCUACUGCAAGUCAGUCAGUCCUUUAGUACCCUUGUCAGGGCUGCCAUCGACGGACAAUACUCGGACCCUUUCUUUGGUGACGCCUCUACUACGGAGGGCUAUCAAAAGCGUCUGCGAGCUGUACUGCAAAACACAUUAACAGACUUUGCGGCAGAUAUGCGCAAGAAGGGCCACACGUACACCAUCGUCGAUGAAGGGCCCUCUAAGCUACCUUAUCACAUAUCUCGCUCAGAUUACGUCGUAAAAGUCACCAAGCUUCUAGAGCGAAGCAGAGGCCGCGAACUACCAGGAACGUUCGAUCCACUCAUCGUCGGACAACUCUUCCAUGAACAGCGCAGGCCGUGGGCGGCAUUAGUAGAUCAGUAUUUGGAGAUUAUCCUUCGUACUGUCUAUUCUCUGGCUCGCAAAGCCUUAGCACACGUGUGUGAUGAAUCCACACAUGCUGGUCUAUCAAGACGGUUCAUCUACAUUCGAUUAGAAAAGCUGACGGCAGAGCUUCGCAGCAAGGUAUCAGAACUUCUAAAACCCCAUGAAAGCGGCCACCCAAUCACAUACAAUCACUACCUCACCGACAAUGUUCAGAAAGCGCAAAGCAAAAGACGAGCACAAGAGGUCAAGAAAUCUUUGGAAAGAGUCCUUGGCGGAGACUACACCGCUGUCGGCGUCGUCAAUAUACCAGUCAAUGUGAACGUACUGAUCGAUACGCUAGUCUCAAAGACAGAAGCAGAUAUGACCAGCUAUGCCAGCUCCACUGCCACAGAUUUCAUGGAAGCCUUCUACAAAGUGGCCAUGAAGAAAAUCAUCGAUGAUUUCAGUGUGCUUGCGGUCGAAGCGCGUCUGGUCCAGGAACUUCCCUCAUUAUUCUCGCCGGCCGAUAUUAUCGACAUUGACGAUGCGACAGUUGCGUCUCUGGCAUCAGAGAGUGAGGAGUCCUCAACAGAGAGAACGCUCUGCAGCGAGAAGCUCAAGGUCCUGGAAGACGGACUGAGAGCUCUCCAGAAUGCGCGAGAAAUUUCGUCAGUUCCACAAGGUACGAAAUUUUUACGAUGA